AAAGCGAGAGACAGCUCAUCGCCCAUUCGCCCUCGCGCCGCGCCGCGCCGCCCGCCGCCGCCUCGCCUUGCCUCCUCCGCCGCCACCGGCGCUAGAGCCGACGCUGCUGCAGCGGAGAGUGCGGUGCCCUCCUCCUCCUCCUCCCCCGCGCGCGCGGCGGCGGCGGCGGGGGUUUCCGGAGUUAAUGCGCCCGUGAAGAGGCGGCCGCGUCGGCGUCGGCGGAGAGAGGGAGAGGGAGAGCGAGUCUUUUGUGCGGGUGGUUGGGGCGUGGGCGGUGGCGUGUUCAAGGCGGGGAGCUACGUUUCCUGCCGGAGGAGAUGGGGGGUUCCAAGGCGGAGGAGAAGCCCGCCGGCGGCGGCGGCGGCGGCGAGGAUUGGUGGUGCUACCAGUUCGGCAACAAGGACGCAUUGAUUGUGAAGUCCUCUAAGAAAUCACCCCUCGCAUUGAGAAUGGUUGUUUUCGCUAUGACUAUGAUCUGCGGGAUAUUUAUCUGCACGAUGUGUAUGAAGCAACUAGGAAGUGAUAGCUUGUCUAGAAUAGUGAAGAUCGAGGUUGCAGAACAGCUAUGCAAUAAGUCUGCAAUCCUGCAUUCAGAGGUUCACUUUGUGCAUUACCCACAACCGAUAACUUAUAGCAGGAGUGAAUGCAAGUGUACACCUGUCCGGUUCUUCGCGAUUAUCUCGUCACAACGUUCUGGAAGUGGCUGGUUUGAAACUCUUCUUAACAGCCAUAUGAAUGUUAGCUCCAAUGGUGAAAUUUUCUCUUCAAAAGAAAGGAGAAGUAACAUUUCAUCUAUAACAAAGACACUGGAUAAGGUGUACAAUUUGGAUUGGAAUAGUAGUGCUUCUAAGAAUGAAUGCACUGCUGCUGUUGGCUUAAAAUGGAUGCUUAAUCAGGGUCUUGUGGCAAAUCAUGCUGAUAUAGCUGACUACUUCAAUCGAAGAGGAGUCUCUGCAAUAUUUCUCUUCAGGUGGAACCUCCUCCGUCAGUUGGUAUCUCAACUUGCGAAUAAUCAUGACAGAUACCUCAAGCAGUUGAAUGGAACGCACAAGGCCCAUGUUCACACGGCAUAUGAGGCCAGUAUACUUGCAAGAUAUAAGCCCAGACUCAACACAACAUCAUUAAUACGGAGUCUGAAACAAGUAGAUGAUUACACCCGUGAUGCUCUUGAAAAUCUAAAGAGUAUCAACCACAUUACUAUCUACUAUGAGGAUCUCAUCCGAAAUAGAACAAAACUUCUUGAUGUCCUGGAUUUCCUCAAAGUGCCAAGGAGCAAACUAGUCAGCCGACACGUGAAGAUACACACCAAACCACUUUCGGAGCAAAUUGAAAAUUGGGAUGAAGUCUACAAUGCUCUAAAUGGCACUCAGUAUGAGAGCUUCUUGAAUGCUGACUACAGAAUAUGACAGUGUGCCUUCACACUCCCUGUAUAGAUAUAUCCUUUUUCUGGUUACAUUUCUUUUUAAAAUAGCUGGCCUUGAUGUGCCUGGCGAAAAUUUUGAUGGUGCAUUGCCACGGUUGCCCACGAGUGUUCUUUGAUAGGUUCACUAAUUGUCAUAGCAGGGUUUUGUUUUUUGUUUUAUGUUUUCUGUAACUGAUAUGCUCAGGAUUCUAAUCUUGUGUAUUGCAGUGCUUAUUCUUCUCCCAUGUUAAUGAUAUGCAUGUUUCCAGCUCAAAAAUAAGAACUAUCCA